CAUGAGGUCUGCUAGGUCUAUACCUAUUUUGAUUAAUUAGUCGAGAUAGUGGGAAAUAAAAACGAAAGAAAAAAAAAUCUUCUCCCAUAUCGACAAGUUUCGAUGUUAAGCGCCCAUAAUAUUCGCGACAGGCUAGCUAGCCUCCCAGACAGUCGCAUCUGUUCCCUGAGAUGGCAAUCUAUGCUUCGCUAUGCUGCCGUCGCCUUUAUAGUCUCUAUAACCUUGUCCGGUAUCUUCUUGUUCCGCCGUCCCGAGGGCUUCCUCCGUAAUACCGGAUCCCAUUACUUCGAAUACUUUUGGAACCGCACAGCGAACCAUCCCAUCGACCAACUUAUCAGCGAUGCGCACACUUUCCACGAGAACUUGCUGAAGCAGCGAAGCUUCGACCUUCCCACGGCUGCAGCCCGCUAUCGCGAGAGACGAGGGCGACAUCCGCCUCCGGGGUUUGAUGCUUGGUUCCAGUAUGCGACAGAACACGAGGCGAUAAUUGUCGAGUCUUUCUUCGAUAGGAUAUAUGCUGACAUUUCGCCAUUCUGGGGCCUCGACCCCCGGACGACUGCCGAACGAGCCGCGUCGUGGGAUUAUGUCGUACGCGUUCGCGGAGGCGUCGCCAGCGGUAUAGGCAACACACAAGGCAAGGUUCCUUGGCUGCAACUGUGGACUGGCUUGGUGGCCGAGGCUGCGCCGUGGUUACCGGACGUCGAUAUGCCUAUUAAUUAUAUGGACGAAUCUCGGCUGAUUGUUCCUUGGGAAGACAUGACGAGUCUUAUGGAGAAAGAGCAGGCAAGCCGCUCGGCAAAGCCUCUCGGCGAGGUGGUGACGAAAUAUAGCGGCCUUGCUCAGGUUGAUGCUAAGGCCGACGAUGCUUCACCUUAUAAUCCGAAUUGGCUUGGAGGAAGUUACUGGGACCUUACACGAGUGGCUUGCGCUCCCGAUUCUCCGUCACGUAAUGUGACACCAAUUCAAAAUUUGGAGGAGCCGCCUGUGUUCCCAGAAGACUGGGAACCUGAGUACUCGUACAAAGGAUAUGUCCGUAACUUUACGGCCGCCACGGAUCCCUGCGUCCAGCCCCACCUCCGUGGCAUGCACGGCACAUUUGUUGAGCCCCUGACGAUGUCAACGAGCAAGGAGCUUAUCCCAUUGUUUGGUGGAUGUAAGCUACCUGUAAAUAACGAGAUACUUAUCCCCGGCGCUAUGUACUUGACAAACGACCCUUUCUAUUCCGGUGGAGAUACUCACGGGCCGUCUUGGAGGAGGAAGACUAAUGGCGUCGUAUGGCGGGGUGUCGCAUCUGGGGGUCGAAAUAAGAAAGAGAACUGGUUUCAUUUCCAGCGGCAUCGACUUAUAGAAAUGCUAAACGGAACAACUGUAUCGGGAAUAGAGGAGCACAGCUCCCGCGCCAUGACGUUUGAGAUGCCACCAAUGCAGAAGUACGACUUCCCGCGACGGCGCGAGGGGACCGUUGGCACUUGGUUGCAAGAGUUCUCCAACGCCGGUUUUGUCAAUCUCCUCUGCUUUCCGGAGGAUUCCAACUGCACCUAUGUCCGGCCUUACUUCUCUGAAGUGCAGAGUGUUCCCAUGAAGGAGCAAUAUAAGUAUAAGUUCAUGCCCGAUGUCGACGGGAAUAGUUUCAGUGCGAGAUUUAGAGGUUUUCUGCUGUCAACAUCCCUUCCGCUCAAGGCUACCAUAUACGCAGAGUGGCAUGAUGACCGCCUGGUUCCGUGGCUACAUUUUGCUCCUAUGGAUAACACCUUUCAGGAUCUGUACGCCAUCCUCGAUUAUUUUACUCGGGACAGAAAAGGCGACGUCUCCGCGCGCUUCAUUGCUGAGGAAGGUAGGUCUUGGAGCUCAAAGGUACUCAGGAGGGAAGACAUGUUGCUUUAUGUUUGGAGACUACUGCUCGAAUUUGCACGCGUAUGUGACGAGAAACGGGAUAUGCUUGGAUAUAUAGAUGAUUUAAGACCGGCGUAAUGAGUAUAUGUAUAUAUAUACGUGUGUAAACAUAGCUUGUGUAUAUUUAUUUUCUCGUAACCUAUCUAGAGACCCUAUUGGGAUAGUCAGUGCUGUGCCGCGAUAUGUUUAAAAUUCUAUCUCUAGCACCUUUUUCUACAUACCUAUCUACGUCGUCUUCGCAAUACCACCUAGUGGGCCACCUAGUAGGUACGGUACUCACAGAAAACACGAUAGUAGAUACAUCUAUAUAUCGUGAGGUGGAGAAAUAAUUAAAUAUAAUUUUGUUGAUCUUGCUUGCUACUUUCUUUUAUGGUUGUCAAUUAGCAGGUUGGUUUUGCUGUUCAUAAUGCAUAACGUCAUGUAAUACUAGGUAUGGGUCGAUGGUGGCUACGCGGAGAUAAGUUCAACUAUCACCUAUUCCAAGU